AUGGUGUCUAUUACUAUUGCUCUAAUCAUACUAUUCUUUUGUAUAUUUUUUACUGGUAUAUUUGCUGUUGGUGAUGGGGAGUAUCAGCGUAAGUUUUUGAAAUUUUUUGAAAAAUUUUAGGGUAGGGCAAGGUAUUUAAAGCCGGGUAUAAUAGGAUACGGUGCGGUAGGACAGGACUGAUGCAGUUGGGGAUAGGGUUAAAGCUGGGGACAGGGCUAAGCUUAAGAUUGGUUACGGCACGGUACGUUAAGCUAGAAUAAAGUAGGGUUGGGCAGUAUACGGUAGGAUGCAGUACGAUUAGGUAGGGCAGGAGGUAGACCAAGCCUUAGGCUAAGGUUAAAACUAAGGCUAGGGGUGAGGCAAUACUAGACUAGACUGGGCUACGACUAAGGCUACGGCUUAGGCUAAGGCUAAGGUUGAGGCUAAGCUAGGUUAGGCUAGAAAUAGGGCUGGAGAUAAAACUAGUACUCGUUUAGUGUAAGCAAGAAACUUGAGGUUACAGUAUAUUUUUAUGCAUGUUAAUCUUUGUUCCACGAAAAAAAGAAGUAGCAGCCUCUAAUAUUAAAUUAAACGAGCAAAAGUUCUCUAAACUUUUUGGUAAUAUAAUAAUAAGGAAUAGGUCAUUGAAAAAGAAACCAUUUAUAUAAUUGUAUUACACUGAAAGGUUUGGUAAUAAGAGUGGAGGCAUGAAGUCAAUGAUUACCUAUGGUCUUUUAAGCAUAAUAUUAAAAAAUUUAAAAUUGAAAAAAAUUUUUUUUUUGAAAUAUUUAAAAUUUCAAAAUUUUUCGAAAUUUUUUCAUUAAAAAUUUUUUUUGAAAUAGCGAAAUAUAACAUCACUAUUAAGGUGUAGACCUGGCCAAAGCCCUCCAACUGCCACAACCUUAUCAAUCUUUUCUUUUUGUAUUUCUAUGGGCAGGAUUGGCUUUUCUGUGUUUUACAAUGUUAGUAUAUUGUGAGAGAAUCUACGCUUCAUUUCGACUUAGAGCGUACGAAAAGCAAUCACAUACCUUCAACGUGGUAACAACUGUAAUUGUCAUCAUUUUCGCUACAUAUAUCUUGGCCAAAAGCAUCGUGCUUCAGUGGAUUUGUAAGUACCCUACCCUACCCUACUGUACCCUGCUCUAUCCUGCCUUACACUAUCUUAUUCUACUAUACCCUACCCUAUCUUUGUCUACUGUACUUUGCUUCACUUUAUCUUGGCCUAGUGUACUUUAUUCUCUACCUUGCUCUAUCUUUACCUUGUCGCACUCUCUCUUUUGCUAGCCUUCUUUACUACUAUACCUCCUAGUAAUACCGUAAUCUGUAGUACAGUUGUAACUAUUUUUCUCUAUAUAUUGUAUAUUAUUUUCUGUUAGUUGUGUCCUAAAUAAGUUAUUCAUAAUCUGUUCUUUUUAGCUUUGUACACAACUGCAUUGCUAUUAGCCAUGGCUAUAUUUUUAUACGUGGGUCUAGUUAGUGUAAGUUUAUUUUUUAAUAUUAGUUUUUCUGAAUGGCUUUGAGUUGCCAAAAACGUCGUUUAUUAAGCAUAAAAUUGCUAUAAAAUAGCUAAAAUACAGGAUUUAUAAAGUGGAAAUUGAGUGGAAGAUUUGUAAUGUAUUUUGCACUGAAAAUCUUCCACUUAACUUUCACUUUUUUAAAUGUAUUAAAAUGGCCUAAAAACACGUUUUUAGUACUUUUUAAAGAUGGAAGUUAAGUGGAAGAUUUGUAAUGUGUUUUGCACUGAAAAUCUUCUACCUAUCUUCCACUUUCAAAAAGUGUCAAAAACGUGUUUUAAGCAAUUUUAAGACAUUUUAAAAUUGGAAGUUUGGUGGAAGAUUUUUAGUGUAAAUUACAUUACAAAUCUUCCACUCAACUUCCAUCUUCAAAGAAACGAUAUUAUAACCCGUUUUUCCAAUUCUUGUUCUAAGCUUCACCGAACCUUAUUCCAGGCGUUAUACCGAGCGCACAUCUGGAACAUUCAACGUUUCUAUCGUUCUCAAAUUCACGUUAAGACCUAUACGUUAAGUCAGCGGUUCCAAUUGAGUGAGAACGUGCGCACGGUACGAUUGAUAUUGGAAUCGGCCGCGUUUGCUACCUUAGGAGGAGCUAUGACUGUGGGGCAACUUGUGGCUCCAAUUCUGUUUCCUAGCUUGGCUGUGGUGAGUUUUGUUAUAGGUUUAUUUUAAAGUGGCAUGGCUUCUUUUAAGGGUUUAGAAUAUUAUAUUAUAGUAGAAGGAAGUUAUGAAACUUUGUCAUAUCAUCUGGUUUGAUUAUUAUUAUAGUCGUACUUCAUUAAAAGUACAAUUGCAUUUAGUAUUCUUUUGUAAUUUAUUGUUCGGGUAAUAUAAUUUAAAUUAGUAGCUGUAAGUUUAAUAUCAGUCUUUCCACUAAAGAAUGUUACAGCUGCACGGUGCAGUCCCCGAGAAAAUCGCGCCCUUUUAAUUCCGCUGCACAGUGCAGACUUCCCGCGCGAUCACUCGAUACAGCCAACGAUGUGAGGAAAGAUUGCACAGUGCAAUCCCUUCAGUGCCGCACCGGUGUGUUGUCGCAGGAUUCAAUGACUUGCAACAGUCAAAAAAACGUGUCGCAAUCCUUCCAUUGAACACAGUUGUGGCUUGAGCGUUGCGACAACCGCGACACACUGUCGCAUCGCCAUUCUAAGCGCGACACGACAGUUUGUCGCAAAGCUUUGGACUUGCGACAUUGCGAUUUCCAUUGGGAUGUCGCCGGGUGCAAGCGACUGUCGCAGACCUUGUCGCUUGUCGCCCAAUUCUCGGCGCGACAGCGAUUCCUUCAAACUGCACUGUGCAGUUUUGUAACAUUCUUUUCGCGAAAGACUGAUAGUUCAUUUUGUAUAAUAAUAAGUUAAAUUACUGUAAUAAAAAGGUUAUUUCGAAUAAUUGCAAGGCUUCUAACUUAUAAAAAAGAUACGAUAGUGUUCGACUGUAAGACGCUUAAGUCAGUAAAAACUUUAGAGCCAGGAUUAGGGCUAUGACAAGGCUAGGACAAAUGAUAAGGCUAAGCUUAAGAUUGAGCCCGAUUCUAAAGCUAAUUCAUAGCCGAAGCAGGAGCUUAAGCCAGAGUUUGGGACGAAGCCAGAGCCUAAGCCUAAGACCAAUCUGAAAUCUAAGCUUAAGUUUAAGCAUAAGCCUAAACCUAAGACUUAACUUAAGACCAAGCCUAAGUCAUAGCCAGAGCCUAAGCCUAAGCUUAAAUCUAAACCUAAGUUUAAGGCGAAGUCUAAGCCUAUGCCAGGGCUUAAGCUAGGGCCUAAGACAGGGUCUGACUAAGAUUAGCUCAAGCCUAAGACUAAGCUUGAGCUUGACUCUGAACUUACGCCUAAGGUUAAGCGUAAGCCUAAACCUAAGUUUUAAGCCUAAGAUUAAGCCUAAAUCAAAGCGACUACGCCUAUGUCUAAGGCUAAGCCUCAGAUUGACACUAGGCCUACGAUUAAUUUUUACUUUGAGCUUAACAUCUUUCUUAGCCUAAGCUUAAAUCUAAAUCUACUUUCUCUUUACUACCUAAUUUAAUAACAGUGUUUAGAAGCUAGUACCAAUAAUGAACGUAACAGGACCCUUAACACUGUCAUCUUUAUUUCUACCUGCCGCCAUAAUGCAAAUCUGUAAAGUACCAGCAUGGAAACGAACUGCCAGUUCUCUAUUACAGUCUAGCGUUGGUGUAGCUGGACUAAACAAAGUAAUGGACUCUAUAACCAAUAAUAAACAUGAAAUGGUCAAGGUUUAUGUUCUGAAGAGAAAACAAACUGAAGGAAAGACGGAAGAACAGGAAAUUUACUUUGAAAUGUUCAACAAUGCUUGGCAGUAA